AUGAAUCGCCCCUCUCUGGCCUGGCCUGCCCGCAGCCCGCUUGGGGCGGGACAGCAGCUCCGCUCGGUCAGCGGCCCGCGGGCCCAGCCACGCCCCCUGCUGUGUAAGCGCGCGUCGCGCCCUCGGGCGGCGCCCUCGGACGGCGAGGCCGCCGACAGCGCCGAGGAGCCGUCCCUUCGCAGCAUCCUGCUGCGCCUGGACAAAGGCAUGAGCACGCUCAGCAGGGACAUGAGCAAGCUCGACAGGGACGUGAGCAAGCUCGACAGGCGCAUGAGCCACACGGAGGCGCUGCUCGGCUACCUGGUGGAGGAUUCGCUGCGCGGCAAGGCGGCCGCCGUGGUCGGGCCCGCGUACGUCGAGCCGCUGGCCGCACGGUCCCUGGUGGACCUGGCGCGGAUGUGGCCGCCCGGGUACGCCGCCAAGGCGGCGCCGGGGCGGGCGCGGCAGCCGCCGCGCGACCCGCUCCUGCGCACUGGGCACCUCGCGGCGUCCUUCGCCUCCACCCUGGCCGACGACCGCAUCCCGCUCAGGCUGCUGCUCGGCCUGCGGCCGCAGGUCGUGCGCGACUACGCCAGCGCCCCCGCCUGGGUCGACGAGUGCGGCGAGCUGUGCGUGGCGGCCGUCGGCGACGCCAUCGGCCGCGCGGAGGACGAGGCCCUGGCGAGGAGCAAGUGGAGGUGGGAGCUCCUCAGCCCCGGCGGCGCCGGCGUCGCGUGCGCCGUCGCCGCGGCGUUCCCCGGCGCUUACCUAGCCGACGAGGCCGGCGGCGCGGGCGGCGUUGCGGCGCCCUAUCUGCCGCAGCUGCCGCGGUUCCCCCCGGAGGAACUCGAGUUUGAUUUCCGCGGCAGCAUGAAGAUCACGCCCAACGGCGCUUGGUGCGACAUCGGCGAAGCCAAUUUGCGCACCGACUACAGCAGCGCCGUGCAGGAGCUGGGGCUGCGGCUCGGCGUGCUGCGCUGGCUGCUCGUUGCGUGCUGCGGCGUGCCGGAGCGCGGCGUGGACGCGGUCGGGCGGCUGUUUGUUCCGGCGUCUGGCGAGCUCCGGCCCGCCCCCCUGGACGAGAGCCAAGAAGAGGUGGCGCGCAGCGUGUGGCGGUUCAGGCUGCGCGUCGUCCCGGUAUAG